UGGGGGCAAUCAUGGUGCCGCUGGGGAGGGGAGAAGCUGCUGCUGCCGCCGUUGCCGGGAGCCGCGGAGGUCAUUAUCUUUCCAUUUCUCACAAUUGGGCUGAGCACGAUUGAACCAUGGGGGAGCACAGUCCAGACGACAACAUCAUCUAUUUUGAGGCAGAGGAAGAUGAGCUGACCCCUGAUGACAAGAUGCUCAGGUUUGUGGAUAAAAACGGACUGGUGCCUUCCUCAUCUGGAACUGUAUAUGAUAGGACCACUGUUCUUAUUGAGCAGGACCCUGGCACUUUGGAGGAUGAAGAUGACGAUGGACAGUGCGGAGAACACUUGCCUUUUCUAGUAGGGGGUGAAGAGGGUUUUCAUCUAAUAGAUCAUGAAGCAAUGUCCCAGGGUUACGUGCAACACAUUAUCUCACCAGAUCAAAUUCAUUUGACAAUAAACCCUGGGUCCACACCCAUGCCAAGAAAUAUCGAAGGUGCAACCCUUACUCUGCAGUCGGAAUGUCCAGAAACAAAACGUAAAGAAGUAAAGCGGUACCAGUGCACCUUUGAGGGCUGUCCCCGCACCUACAGCACAGCAGGCAACCUGCGCACCCACCAGAAGACUCACCGAGGAGAGUACACCUUUGUCUGUAAUCAGGAGGGCUGUGGCAAAGCCUUCCUUACCUCUUACAGCCUCAGGAUCCACGUGCGAGUGCACACGAAGGAGAAGCCAUUUGAGUGCGAUGUGCAGGGCUGUGAGAAGGCGUUCAACACACUGUACAGGCUGAAAGCACAUCAGAGGCUUCAUACAGGGAAAACGUUUAACUGUGAAUCUCAAGGCUGCAGCAAAUACUUCACCACGCUCAGUGAUCUGAGGAAGCACAUUCGAACCCAUACAGGAGAAAAGCCAUUUCGGUGCGAUCAUGAUGGCUGUGGAAAAGCAUUUGCAGCAAGCCACCACCUUAAAACUCAUGUCCGCACACAUACUGGUGAAAGACCUUUCUUCUGUCCUAGUAAUGGCUGUGAGAAAACAUUCAGCACUCAGUACAGUCUCAAAAGUCACAUGAAAGGUCACGAUAACAAAGGACAUUCGUACAGUGCACUUCCACAACACAAUGGAUCAGAGGAUACAAAUCACUCACUUUGUCUGAGUGACUUGAGUCUUCUGUCCACAGAUUCUGAAUUGCGAGAAAAUUCCAAUACAACGCAGGGCCAGGACCUCAGCACAAUUUCACCAGCAAUCAUCUUUGAAUCAAUGUUCCAGAAUUCAGACGAUACGGCAAUUCAGGAAGAUCCUCAACAGACAGCUGCCUUGAUUGAAAGUUUUAAUGGUGAUGCAGAGUCAGUCAGUGAUGUUCCGCCAUCCACAGGAAAUUCAGCAUCUUUAUCUCUUCCACUUGUACUGCAGCCUGGCAUCUCCGAGCCACCCCAGCCUCUACUACCAGCCUCAACUCCGUCUGCUCCUCCACCUGCUCCCUCCCUAGGAACUGGUUCCCAGCAAGCUGCAUUUGGCAACCCCCCUGCUCUCUUACAACCUCCAGAAGUGCCUGUUCCCCACAGCACACAGUUUGCUGCUAAUCAUCAAGAGUUUCUUCCACACCCUCAGGCACCACAGCCCAUCGUACCAGGACUUUCUGUCGUUGCUGGGGCUUCUGCAGCAGCGGUGGCAUCAGCCGCGGCAACACCAGCCCCACCACAAAGUACUACUGAGCCCCUGCCAGCCAUGGUCCAGACUCUGCCCCUGGGUGCCAACUCUGUCCUAACUAAUAAUCCCACUAUAACCAUCACCCCAACUCCCAACACGGCUAUCCUGCAGUCCAGCCUAGUCAUGGGAGAACAGAACUUACAAUGGAUAUUAAAUGGUGCCACCAGUUCACCACAGAACCAGGAACAAAUUCAGCAAGCAUCUAAAGUUGAGAAGGUGUUUUUUACCACUGCAGUACCAGUAGCCAGUAGCACAGGGAGCUCUGUACAGCAGAUUGGCCUCAGUGUUCCUGUGAUCAUCAUCAAACAAGAGGAAGCAUGUCAGUGUCAGUGUGCAUGCCGGGACUCUGCAAAGGAGCGGGCGUCUGGCAGGAGAAAGGGCUGUUCUUCCCCACCCCCUCCAGAACCAAACCCCCAACCUCCUGAUGGGCCCAGCCUGCAGCUACCACCACAGACUUUUUCCUCACCCUCUGCCCCACUGUCAUCAUCCUCCACCGUACUCUCUUCCCGUGAGCAAAGCAGACAAACAGAGACUCCUUCAGACCCUCAGACAGAAACAUUAAGUGCCAUGGAUAUGUCAGAGUUUCUGUCCCUCCACAGCCUGGAUACCCCAUCCAAUCUGAUUCCCAUUGAAGCACUACUGCAAGGGGAGGAGGAGAUGGGCCUGGCCAGCAGCUUCUCCAAGUGACGUGCCCGUGUGUGCUCACCUGCAGAAGAGAGGGGAGCAGGAGGCAUGAGGGGUGAUGCCUGCCAUCAUGGGCUCAGAAACUUGAAGGAUGAAGAAAUCUACUGUUUGAAAUCCUCACCUUUCAGAUGUAUUUUCUUUAUUCACAUCCCAGGAGCAUCCAUUUUAAGGAACUGAUCUUUGGAAAAAAAAAAACAAAAAAACAAACAAAAAAAAAGCUAAGUUAUAAAUGAACUGUUUGGCUGCACUGUAUGUCACUUUUGCUUAUUGUCAUGUGAACUUGGAAAUUAAGGUUACUCGUAUGCAUAAAAAUUCUGAAUGAAAGGGUGUGGUUUCCAUCAAUCUGAUACUGCCCUUCACUGGCACUGGGGUCUUUGUGGAUCGGGCAGGAGAGUUUAGUGUGUCGGGUGUUGCUCCUCCCAGUGUGUCUUUUUUGAAUCUGAGGCUGACGCUUGCUCGGAAGGCCAGACUCUCGCUCCAUCAAAGAGGCAGCGGCAAAGGCCAGUGAAAUGGCCAUGAGUUGAAUAGAGUUUGGGUGUGAUGGUGGUGGUGUUUGCGCUUGGCGUUGGUGGAGCUCAGGUGGGUAGGGAGGGAUCACCUAUAGCCUGCUUCAGCACAAAUGGCCACCUUAGGGCUUGGCCCGCAGGCUGUGGAGCUGAUCUGGUUCUGCAGGGGCCCUCAGCAAGUCGUUGACUGCUGUCUGUGGGUGAAGUGUGUGCAGAGCAGGCUCUAGCAACAUCAUCACAGACUUUGCCUUCCUGGCUCUUUCUGUCUUUCAGUUGUUUGCCAAAGCUUGCAGAUUGCAGUGAAUAUUCCUUGGAGAACAUCCCUGUUUUGUCCUAGAGUGAACAUGUGGCUUAUGGCCAGUUGCUGGUUGGUAGUCUGCCUUCCUUUUAAUGGUAUUUUCUUCCUCAGAGCAGAAGGGCUGCAUUGUGCUUAUCAGGAAAAGGUGCAGAUUUAAGGGAAUAUGUAUGAGGUGGCAUGUAAUUGGCAGACCAGGUGUCCUGGAUCCAAGUUCUAGCCCGGCUUUUGGUCACCCCCUUCCAUCUCUGCCCUUCACCCCUCUGGAUUUUGCAUACAGCAUAGUACAGUGCAAACAAGGAUGUGAUUUGCUCAGCUUAUUCAUGUGAUUUCUAAACAAAAAGAAAAAAGAAAAAGCAAAAAACAAAAACGAUGAUCUUCUACUCAGGGUAAAACAAAACAAAAAAUUCCCCUUCCACCAAAAAGCCUGAAAUGUUGCAAUAAGUUAUCUCAUUUGGAAUGUUUCAUUAAGUUGUGUUAUAGAAAAUUUUUUUUUGAUUUGUGUAUAGAAUUAAAUCCAUCUGUCUGCCUUUGGCUCCAAGUCAUUGCCUCUUAAAAUAAAACAUAAAAUACAAUCCACACUAGAAUGGAAAUUAAUGUAGUCAUGAGUGCUCACCAAGCUCAGGAGCCAGGCAUGGCCCAGGGUGUGGAUAGGCCUCUGCCUCCCAGGAACCCUUUCCCUUCCUCGAGCAAGGAGCAGCAUUCCACAAACAAGGCUGCUUUUCCGAGUCAACGGUGUCAGGCAGAAAGCAGCCGUAAUUUUGCCUUGCAUUUCCACUCCCUAAUGUAAAGAGAUCGCUAUUGGUCACUCUCCUAUCCUCUUAGCCAUUACUCAGGGCCAGCCAAGAUAGUAUCCAAAGCAGAUAAUUUACAUUGGAGCCAGAGACCCUGCCUUUUGCCAGGAUGUUCAGGGACAGACUUGGACAAGAGGGUAGUGGUGGUAAAUGCUGUUACUGCCAUGAGGACUACAAGCAGCUGAUUUCUCUUUCCAGAAUUCUAGCCAGGAGAAUUGAUUCCUUUUUAACCUUCUGCACUUGCCCUCCCCAAAAGGCUGCAAGUUUUGGUGACUGUUGACCUCAGCAGAAGUCAAUAAGGCAGGAGGAAUCUGUUACUAUGGUGGGUUAGUCCUCCUGGAAAACCAACUGCUGAGCAUGGGUUGUCCUUGGCUGUCUCUGGGCCUUGCACCCAUAGGAAGCUUCGAGGUAGGGCCCUUGCUGUUUACUCACCAACUUCUGAGCGAGCAGUGGAUGGGACCCCAAAGUUAGUUUGUAUCAGAGGCAGUAAUGACCUUCCCACAUGCCCACCCUGUGAACACCUGGGAUUUGUGUUCCCUGGGAGUUGAGGUGGGAAAUAGGAGCCCAGGGAAGGACAUUUGAAGCAUCCAUGGUUUAAAUAUUGCUUCUUCCUGGUUAGGCAGGGCUGUGCUCUUGUUGGGCCCUACACAGGUCAGCAAUUUUUCCACUCUCCAAAGAUUGGGGGUGAUGAGGAAGCAUCUUAAAACAGUGUUUAGGCUGACAGAGUUUUCUAGUUGAAGAAGUUGAAGUAUCUGCCUUUUGAGGGUGAUUUUAGAUUACAAGAGAGACUGUCAGAUCCAGUCAGCUUUUGAAAAAUCCAGAAUGUGCUUAAAAUGCUAGUGAGUGGUUGUGAAGAGCAGGUUUAUUCCACAGGGUAGGCAGUCUUUCCUUCCAUCCGCUUCCAUCUUUCCCGCUCCAUCCUUCCAUAAGCCUGGCUUCUAGUGCGAAGGGCCUUGAAGAAGAGAGGUCCUCUGGCUAAAUUGGAGCCAGAAAGAACUUUCAUAGAGAGUGUAGUUUCCCACACCUGGAAGUGAACCUAGGGAGAGGUUAGGAGGGUCUGCAGGAUUCUAGCAGGUGAUCUCAAGCCUUUUUUUCUUCCCAUGGUAACCGUAACCAUUUUCACCCUGCAUAUUUAUACUUCCAGCUCCUACUGGCAUUUCCAGUUAGACUGCCCCUUUAAAUAGUGCUAGUUAGCACCAGGGAUUGGAGUUCUUGGGCUUAGGAAGUGGUAUGAAACUUUGGCUGGCACCACCAAACUGCCUUAGUGAAUUUGGCCAGGCAGGUGGGUGGGACAUUGAGAGAGAGAAUGGCCCAGUCUUUCCUGGCAGGGUCUGGCCAGUCUCAUGGGGGUACCACUGGUUUGGUGAUAGGAGGGGUAUCAUUUAUUGAAUUCCACCUCCCUUUAGAAGGAGAUCAUGGUACAAAGCCCUGAAGGGGCCUUAAGAUGUGAAGACCUCUCUGGGUAGAAGUUAAGGGGCUUCUUUUCACCACCUCUGGGAGAGUGGGUAGAUUGGAGAGUUUUAUUUUCAGGGUCAAGGCAGUGGACUGAUGGGUAUAAUAGAGGGUGGGUGGGUUUUCCUGAGAGACUCUGUAUAAUGAUGAAUGUGUCCAGAGGGACAAGUUUGCAGAACCUCAUACUAGUAUAUUAAAGAAAUAAUAAAAUAAAAAAGCACUUUAGGUUAUUUUAUCUUUAACCCAAUUGCUGCAAUUUCUUUUGUGUAUAUAUAUAUAUACGUAUAUAUACUUUCCACAAAGUUUUAUUUUUUGCUCAGAAUAAAAAGUUAAAUUGAGGUGUGAGAAGAAAAGCACUUACCUUGGUGCAAUAUGUGUAGCUUGACGGUCGUUGUCCCAUGUGGCCCUGGCCUGGCCGCGUUUUUCUGCUCUGUCAGCCCUGUGCUGUGAGGCUGUCCAUAGGGAAACACUAUUAUGCAUUCUCAGUAACUGCUCAAUCUAUGCAAGCCUUCCCUGUGUGCCCGGGUGCGUCCCCCAAGCUCUCUGAAGAACUGCUGUGGGUCCUGUUUUCUUCUGCUGACUGUUGAGACCCUUUUUCAUCAUUUCUUUGUCCCUUGUCAUCUUUCCCCUCUUUCACAGUUACAAAGUGAUGUCUGAAAGGAACAGGUUGUUCCUAUGUAGAAACCUGGCACCUUCUAGACUUUUAUAUUUGUAAUCACAUCCAUUGUUCUUAAUCUUAAAGACUUCUCCAGAGUCACUGAAACCAUUGAUUUAUGGAACUACAACAAUAUUGCUCAUGAGUUUAAAGUUUUCUUAUACCACCAAUCAGAAAUAUGUUUGGGGACGUGUGUUGGUGGUAGUGGGGUGCGGUGGGGGGCAACAUGAACCAUUUCCAUACUGCUCCCCAUACCACCUGUGUUGGUUCCUUAUGCAAAGGCCUCCAGCCUUCAUUAAAUUCAGUAAACAAAGCUGUUAAUAAUCUGCUUUAUCAACAUUCUUUCUUCUCAUCUCCCCCCAUUUUAUCUUCAAUUCCGAGGCUAUAGAAUAAACUUUUAAAAAUAUACUCCAGCCAAAGCAGAUUCAGAGAUCCAAUAUGCAAAUGGUUCUGCCGUGACAUAGAUCAGAAAUUGUCCAUUUCUUAAUAUUUGGGGGCAGGGGUGUGUGGAGGCAACAAAACUGAAUUACGCAUAUUUCUGAUUGGUCAGUCAGUUUAUCCUCUUUCCUCUUGCAUAUUUUGGGGGCUAGAGGGAAGAGGUCCCAGGUUUCUUCUCAUGCCCUUUGGGGAAGCUGAUGAUCACAGUCUGGGCAUUUCUCACUGUUACUCCUAUUCAAGAGAGGGCUUCUCAGUCUGCACUGAAAAAUGCAAAUUAAACUGGAUCUUUAUGUCAAUGUGUACAUAGUACAAGCUUUUUUACUGGAAGUGAGGUUUAAAACCACAUACUGCCCUUUUGGUGGUGUGCCUGCUGGGCCAAAAAUUGGGUGAUAAUGUAGUGUCACUUUCUCAGCUCAAUGAAGUUUCUACUUUUUCUUAUGGGAAAAUUUUUCAUAAAACCUUUUUUCACCAAAACCCAGGGGUGUUUUUUGCAAUAUCCUUGUUUUCCUUGUAGUGGUGCCAAGACAGAGGCUUCUCUGCCCUUUUCCUCCUGUGUUCUCAGGCCUCCCCAGAACUGUUUGACUCAACAGUCUGCAUCCUUUGUUGUGCUUUGGAGAAUUUAGGGGUGGGGGUCAGAGUUCAAGGUGGCUGUUCCCUUUUCCUGUGAACUCCUCCUAGUCCCUGUUAGGGGAAGGUUGCUGGAAACAGGUUUUUGCUGAAUCUCUGGCUCAGAUCUUCUAGCCAGGAAAGGCAAGAGCCCCUGUGAGCCUUCUUUUUUGACACACUAAUCAUUGGCCAGUGGUCUUGGUAACAAUUUUUUAAAUCCCAAAUAGUUUUAUUUGGAUUAUGUAAAAGUCUAUCAAAUUUAUUUAAGUGUGAAACAUGGGAACAACGGACUUCCACUGAGCGAUAUGAAAACGUUACAGGUUCAGUACUUCCAAAGGAAGAAACCUCCAAACCCAAAAAAGAAUAAAUAUGAAUUUGUAUUUUUGAAGAAUGUGAAAUAAUGGUGUUUGCUUAAUUGCUCAUUUUGUAUAAACUUAAUAUUGUACUUUAAA